AUGAUUUUACUUCGUUCUGUACUUUGUCCAACAUGGCGUCAUAUUGGAUAUAAUCUAACAAAAUCAAUAGUUCGAAAUAAAACAUCAACAUCAGCUUUUUCAAAUAUUCAAAAAACUCUUUCAAAAAAUAUACUUAUUUUUGAAUAUAAAGAUCGAUUAUUACCAUUAUUAGGUGCUAUUGGUUUAUUUCAAUUUAUAACAUUUGAUAUUCUUGCUUAUUGGAGUUUUUAUUUAUUUGGAACAGUUACAGCUAAACCAGAACAUUUAACAUCAAAUUCAACAAUAAUUGAACGUGCAGCAACAAUUGUACCAACAACAAGAUUUCGAUAUGCAACAAAUAUUGUUAUUGUUUUACUUAGCGGUGCUAUAUUUGGUGCUUGUAUAAUCUAUCCAGCUCGAUGUAUACGUCGUCUUUAUCUACUCAAGGAUGGUUCGUCUAUUGGUAUUGUCACUUAUGCAUUAUGGCCAAGUGCACGAAAAUUUACUGUACCAUUAGAAUAUGUAUCUUCACAAACUGGUUUACAAAAUUCAGGUAUAUUUCAUAAAAUAAAGAUUCGAAAUCGAUGGCUUUCACAUUUAGUUAAUAGAAAAGAAGGAACAUUUUAUAAUAAAUCUAUAUAUGAAACUAUAAUUGCUUUAAAACGUUUUUGA